AUGCCCAGCAGGUCGUCGGUGGCCGUCUCCGUGACCUUAGUGAUCUUCCUGAUGUCGGGCGAGAACCCCUGCUCCUUCUUGCCGGUUCUCCACGUGCGCGACUACCCAAUCCCUAUCGUAUACGUCAUCGCAGUUGUACCCGUUCUUCUUCGCCUCGUCGAACUUGCUGCAGCUGGGUCUGCCGUCGCUGGAGCUCGUGCACGACCUGCAGAGCCAGAUCAAGAUGUUGUACAUGUUCGCGUUGUUGGUCUCGCUGACGUUGGUAUCGAAGGUGUCGUCACGGUCGUGUGCAUGGACAACUAG